GUUAUGAACAGCUUAAGUCUGCCUUCACCAUGACGGGAUGCCUGGUUUUUAUCAUUCUUUUGGGUUCUUUUCGUGAGGUGCAAGUCAAACAAGCUCUUCCUCAGGCUAAACUAACAGUGAAUUCAUCAAUAAUCACAGAAACAGAUUCAGUCACAUUAAGCUGUCGGGCUCCAGCUAAUUUUUCUGUGCAUCAGUGUUAUUUCUAUGUGAAUGGAGGAACUCUGACACCUUUCUCCUGCAUGAAGACGUUUACAGGAACUGAGCUGCUGCUGAUGGCAAAGCAAAGUUCAUCCUCAGUGGCUGAAGUGAGAUGUUUUUAUAUUGUAAAUUAUGGGGAUAGAAAUUCUCCAUCUCCUGACAGCGAUAUGGCCCGUAUUACUAUACGUCUAAAACCACAGCUGAGUGUGCACUAUGUUAAAGGUAUGUACUCUCUCUUCCUUUGCUUUCUGCCUGAAUCCGUGAAAAACGCUACAACAUGUAACCUGUACUUUGGAGAAUCAAGUCAUCCAACUGCAACAACAACAACGUGGAAGACGAAGAGCUCAGAAACCGGUCAGCGGUUCUGUCGGAUUGUCAUUGAAGAAAAUGAAUUACUUUGGCGUCUACGUUUGGUUCAGCAGAAGGAAGUCAGCUGUGAUUAUAGUUUGAAAGGUGACAGGAAAACUUUGUCACUUCGUAGUGAUCCAUACAGCUUCAGAGGAAAAGUAACAGAGAUCAGGACAAUACCAACAAGAUCCACAAGGACCGCAGGCUCAGUGGACUCAGUGUUUCCCACCAAUGUGUCUUCAAGUGUCACUUCUAAUUAUAAAGUGGCAGAGAUUACAGAAAAAGCAGGAAGUCACGAACCUAAGGGCAAAAAUAUAGACAUGAAGACUUUAAUUAUCACGACAGCUGUGGCUGGAGUGAUUGUGAUCUUCAUCUUGAUGGCAGCAGCGUGUUUCAGAGCCAAAAGGAGGACUGAAAAGGGAUCACACAAGAGAAAACAAACCAACAUUACAGAUCAGUCUGUACAGAUGAUUGAUGACACAGAGAUGUUACAUAGUGAUGCCGUCUACAGCAUAAUCACAUCUGUACCUGCUGCUGACUCGUCUACAAAUUCUGGAAAAUCCGCCGUUGAAGAUUCUUCAGCUGAAGACUCUGACGUCGACAGCCUGUACUACAUCAUCCCUGAUUUACCUCCUCCAUCAUCUACGGGUGACAGGGUGUAGAGCAGUGGGCUGCAGUCCCAA